AUGGGGUUUCGGCAGGUACAAGUUCAAACCGAUUCCCUCUCAUCUAUUCAUCUUAUUGGAAGUGCAGGGGAGCGGCAUCCCCACUCGGCUUGGAUCUCGGAAAUACGUCGACUUCAGUCUCUCGACUGGCAGGUAGAAAUUAUUCAUGUGUACCGGGAAGGAAACGUCGUGGCUGACUACCUCGCCUCUCUUGGACAUGGACGUCCGCCUGGUGAUCACUUUGUGGAUGCUCCUAGUCCGCUCUUGAACUACUGGCUGUAUUUUGACUGUAUUGGAGUUCUUACUCCUCGUUUAGUGAACAUUAAUUGA